AUGUGCUCCGAGUGGCAUGCACGUUCAUUCUUCCUGGAACUAAAACCUCGGGCAGAGUUAGCUUCGUUGUUUGUCGAUUGUCCUCCUGAUGACUUCUCAAAAUGUAGCCAGGAAGCAGGGGAUGGCAACAAUAAAGAGAAUGGAGCGUUGGAUAUGAUACGUGUUAGUGAGCAUAGUGUUGAAUUGGGAAUACCACUAGUUGCUGCGGAAAGUUUACGCCUGGAACAAAAACUGACCCGAUACCGAGCCUCUAUAUCGGACCUCACAUUUUAUCCACAAUCACUUUGCGCAUCCACUUGGGCCGACAAUCAUCGGAUUUUUAUGUGUAAGCUGCACGUCGAAGCAGGUGGAAAGCCGUUAGAUAAAGGAGUGAGCAAUGAUGGAGUAUUUCUUUGUAAAGGUUGCCAUACGGAGCUUGGAACAGUUGUUAAAAAUUGCCGAGAGAUUGUUCUACUUCAUCAUUCAGUUUGCACGCUUACUGUGAAUGCUAAAUCGUUCCUGAAGACAAGAUUUUCCGAUAUGUCGAUUUUCUUCGCACAACUGGUCCUUUCCUCAUGUGAAGCACAGUCCAGCUUGAAGCUUGUUGUGCGGUCACUAAAUAAGACACCCCACCUAUUGAUUUGGCUGUUGGAUUCCUAUAUUGUUGCCGCUAUGGGAGAGCUUCGGGACGAAGAAAAUGAAGGUCCACAACGUAACCUCGUAUUCGUUAUGAGUGUCCAUGAAAUCCGUCCAUUUCCUGCGGUAAAAAUGCUAUAUAAAGUUUUUGAUGCUCAAAGUGCUGCAAGUGACCCACGUGCGAACGGCGAAGAUUCCAGUGUGGGACUGGUUAACGUGCCAUUUGGAUGCUGUAUACAACUAAUCGAACAUUUACUACUAAGUAGUCAUUCACUGCCGGUUCCAUGCAGAUCUGUUGGACAGUUCUACGUUGGUUUCUUGAAGAUGGCUGAAUUCGUGUAG